AUGGAAGAAGGUGAUUUUGAUCAACGUUUAAGAGAUUUACAGAGAGAAUAUCUCGAAUUUUUAGACGAUGAGGAAGAUCAAGGAAUUUAUAUGGAAAAAGUAAAACAAAUGAUAGCUGAUAAGUCGCAACGGUUAGUUGUAAGCGUUAAUGAUCUGCGACGUAAGAAUCCGGAGCGUGCUCGUAAUUUGCUUGACAGUGCAUUUGAAGAACAGAUAGCGUUUCAAAAAGCUCUGAAAGAAUACGUCUCCUCUAUAGACCCUACGUACGCGAAGAUUCAAGAGGAAUUCUUCGUCGCGUUCAAUGGUAGCUUUGGAAACAAACAUGUUACACCUAGGAGUUUGACGUCAAGGUACCUGGGUAACUUAAUAUGUGUGGAAGGUAUAGUGACCAGGGUGUCUCUUGUGCGCCCCAAGGUAGUGCGCAGUGUGCAUUACUGCCCGGCCACAAAGAAGGUUAUGGAGAGGAAAUAUACUGACCUGACUUCUUUUGAAGCCUUCCCUACUUCAGCUAUCUACCCCACUAAGGAUGAUGAAGGCAAUCCCUUGGAGACAGAGUAUGGUCUCUCCCGCUACAAGGAUCACCAAACCCUGACAGUCCAGGAGAUGCCGGAGCGGGCACCAGCAGGCCAGCUGCCCAGGAGUGUGGACAUCAUUUGUGAUGAUGACUUAGUGGACAAGUGCAAGCCUGGAGACAGAGUGCAGAUUGUAGGCAACUACCGCUGUUUGCCUAACAAGCAGGGUAGUUUCACUGCUGGUACUUUCAGGACAAUUCUAAUAGCAAACAAUGUAACACAAAUCAACAAGGAUAUGAACAUGAAUAUUACUUUAGAGGAUGUGAAGCUCUGCAAGAGGUUAGCCAAGCGUGGUAAUACAGACAUGUUCGAACUACUGUCCAAGUCACUAGCUCCCUCUAUUCAUGGACAUGAUUAUAUUAAGAAGGCUAUACUCUGCUUGCUGCUGGGUGGAAUGGAAAAAGUCCUGCCUAAUGGCACUAGACUUCGAGGUGACAUCAACAUUCUUCUAAUUGGAGACCCGUCGGUCGCAAAGUCCCAGUUACUUCGUUACGUGCUGCAGACGGCGCCGCGUGCCAUUACCACUACUGGUCGAGGGUCUUCUGGAGUAGGUCUCACUGCUGCAGUCACCACUGACCCAGAGACUGGAGACCGCAGACUGGAAGCAGGCGCCAUGGUGUUAGCAGACCGGGGUGUAGUGUGUAUCGACGAGUUCGACAAGAUGUCGGACAUAGACCGCACGGCCAUCCACGAGGUGAUGGAGCAGGGCCGCGUCACCAUCGCCAAGGCGGGAGUACACGCCACGCUCAACGCGCGCUGCUCCGUGCUCGCCGCCGCUAACCCAGUCUAUGGAAGGUACGACCAGUACAAGACGCCCAUGGAGAACAUAGGUCUGCAAGACUCGCUGCUCUCCCGUUUCGAUUUACUGUUCGUGAUGCUGGACAUCGCGGACGCAGACCAUGACAAUAUGAUAUCUGAACACGUGCUUAGGAUGCAUAGAUACAGGAACCCCAAGGAACAAGACGGUGAAGUACUACCAAUGGGCUCCACAGUAGAGAUGCUUUCUACUGAAAAUCCAGAUAAUGAUGAAACUGAGGAAACAAAUGCAUCAAUAUACGAGAAAUACGAUCCUCUAUUACACGGAAAUACUCGUAGCAAGAAGGAGCAGUACCUGAACACGAAGUUUAUGCGCAAGUUCAUACACAUCUCGCGACUUAUGAAGCCCAAGCUCACGCAGGAAGCGUCCGACGCCAUCGCUGAUGAAUACGCCCGGCUCAGGAACCAGGAUAUGAUGGACAGCGAUGUGGCAAGGACGCAACCGGUAACAGCCCGUACCCUGGAGACGUUGAUCCGUCUGUCGACAGCGCACGCCAAGUGUCGCCUCAGCUCACAGAUCACGCAGGAUGACGCGCACGCCGCCAUCGAAUUGGUGCAGUUUGCGUACUUCAAGAAGGUUUUAACAAAAGAGAAGCGUCGCAAGCGCCGCGUGUCUGAAGAUGAAGAGCCAGCGUCUGAUGGAGAGCAAACAGCGCCGCCGCGCGCUAAGAAGUCCAGGAGAACGGCGGGUGCUCAAGGCGAGGAUCCUUACACGUUUUCAUCAGAUGAAGAGGCGGAGCCAGUACUGCGGGCCGCGCGCUCCUCACAGCCAGAGUCCACGCAACGAUCCACCAGGUCCUCACAGAAGACCAUUGAUACCAACAGAUUAUCCCAGUUCAAAUCAGCGUUACACCAGCUGUUCAAAGAGGAGCGAGCGAACUCUCUACCUUUAUCCCGCGUGACGUCAUACGUCAAUGACAAGUACUCGCACGAGACGUUCGAUGAUGCUGAGAUACUGGCCGCGCUAGACAAGAUGACACAGGACAACCAAGUGAUGAUGGCCGAUGAUAUCGUCUUCUUGAUCUAA